UCGUUUCGCCAUUUUUUGUUGAGGAGCAGUCGUGUUCAGAAAAAGGGGGGGAUUCGUUUUUAGCACAGAGACCAACAACGGCACCUUCGCCCGUUCGCACAUUUGAGUUUUCCGGUUGUGUCCACGCCACACUCUUACAAUGUCGUCAGAAAACCUCGACUCGGACACUCAGAUGGACUACGAGGACGAAAAACAGGACUCCCAGGAGAAGAAUGCAAACCCGGUGAAGGCUGAGGAGGCCAAGCUGAAGGCCAAGUACCCGAGCCUGGGCCAGAAGCCCGGAGGCUCUGACUUCCUCAUGAAGAGACUACAGAAGGGGCAAAAGUACUUCGACUCGGGCGACUACAACAUGGCCAAGGCCAAGAUGAAGAACAAGCAGCUUCCCGUGGCGGGGCCCGACAAGAACCUGGUGACCGGCGACCACAUUCCCACGCCACAGGACCUGCCUCAGAGGAAGUCCUCACUGGUGACCAGCAAGCUAGCCGGCUAGCCUCCAUCACUCCGGCAACACCCCUACCCACACCACCUGACCCCCUGGGGCUCUCAGUAAAUGUCCCUUCUCACCCAUAUCCUCUCAAGGUGUCCGCCUUCACCCGUCCCCCUCCCCCACCCCGCCCCUUGUUUCAUCCCCCAGGCACCACUUGGCUUUAACAUAUCGGGCAGAGUUGUAUAAUUUUAACUCCAUUUGCUUGUAUAUGGGUGGGUUUGGGUGGGAGCGGUGGAGGUUUCGGCAGCACCCGUGGCUGCGACCUUCCCCGCCUCUUCACCACACUCGGCUCUGCCCCCUCAUCCCUCUCUGCACACUCUGCUCUACCGCCUCCCUUAAUGUCUUGGUUUUCGGUGUUCCAAGAUGCGUCACAGUAGAUGUGUGUCAUCGGGCAAAGGGGGUUGGAUGGGGGUGAGUUAAUGCACUUUGUAUUCUGUAUAGUAUGUUUUCUUUGCAUUCUGAAUGACACCAAAAUGAUGAUGAUGAUGUGUGUGUGUGUGUGCGCGUGAGUGUGUGCGUGUAAGGGAGUUAGGAACCAUGAUCGCACCAUGUUCAUUGACGUUCAUGUUCCCCAUCCAUGCCGGGGGCUGGUUUGGGAGGGAUGUCGGGGCAGAUGUUUGUGAAUAACUGCUUGCAUACCAAAAUCUCUGAGGGGCGGCUGCCUAACGUAAAGGGUUCUUAAGCUAAAACUAUAUUAGGUAAACGGGGAAAAUGAAUGGAGGUUUCCUUUAUCUCGUCCGUCUGUCAUCUUUCGUCGAACAAAUCCUGAGGUUGUCUGCUGCAGCUCAGCCGAAGGGGAUCUGAAACUGCACUUUUUUUCUCUCUCUAUCUGCUCACAUCGCUUUAAUUCUUGACUCCCUUUGCUCUCGCUCUUUCUCUAAAUAUGCUGCAUGAUUGUAACAUGUAAAAAAAAAAAAAAAUACAAAAAAAAAAAAACUUUUUGAAGGGAGUGGGCUUCUACUGAGUGACAGGAGGUUUCAAAACAGCCACACAGAGCCCUGGAAUGUCCACUGUCCCACUUCCUUCCCUCCUUUUCCCUUUUUGCUGUCCUGACAAUCCAUGCACACACGCUCCUGUUCACAGCCCAGGGCAAGAGCCAGCUCAAUAUAUCCCUGUAUCAUUUUUAAAGGCUGGGAACCAUGCCAACGUCCGUGUUAAAUCUUAGUUUGGUGGCUGUUGAGUUGCAUCAAGACGUGUGUUUACUACAAGCCUAAAAGAUUUGUAGGGGGAUUCACAUACCCUGCAUAGACUGUAAUGCUUCUGUAAAUAAUAUUCAAAAAAUGUUUAUUUCUUAUGUCUUUUAAGACUGUUUUUUUUUUCCUGUUUAACUGUUAACAGAACGUGCUAUUGCCCCAUCAGUGGUUGAUCAUGUUGUGAAACACUACUUCUAGUAACAGAACAACCAGAGAGUUCCCUAAAAUACACUAACUGGAUUCUUCACUGAUACUUAAGUCCUCUUCUAAUCGAACGGAGGCCGUCACAGUGCCCUGCUGAACAGGGUGAUGUGCUCAGCAGGCUAAUCUUUGAUCUCAGUGUGUCAUGGGGUAAACAGCAGGCAACCUGAUAACCACAGGUGUCAGCCCGCCUCCUAAGAGCGUCGGCGCAGGUUUAAAGUGGGGCACUGCAUGCUUGCAGGAUGCGCUCACUUCAACAUUUGGCGAACACUGUGCAAGAGAUUUUAUAGCACGAAGCGGAGAGAGGGAGGAGGGGGGUGUAAGCGCGUGCUCUCUGCUCAAGUCCCACCUGUUAACGUGGCUCAACCUCUAAAACGAGGUCAGGGGUGUGAUCGGCCAACGUGCAAACUUAACUUUGAAUGUGCGCGGUCUGGUUUGAACCGAUCGAACAAGACGCCGGCGACCACCGAGUAUCAGCCUCCGUGUGUAAAACUGCUUCAGGGAACGAUCACAAACGCACACUCCACCACAUUAGGCUAGACGAUAGGGUGCAUGCACCAUCACAUUCUCAACCUCACAUGUUUUUAUCAUCGAGACUUUGAAAUGUGUCAAAUUGCAGUGGGUGAAGGACAAGUGACCUGUAAGUGUGCUUGUUAUGGUGUAUGAAUGUGCUGCUUUUCUCUGUUCCAGACAUUGUAAAUAGACUUUAACAGGGAAGGGGAUUUGUUUUGUUUUGUUUUUGUUUUUUUUUCCUCACAAGCUUUUUCACUCUUAACAUGGCCUGAACUAUUUCUCUGAUUCAGUGGUUCCUCUCUCCUCUCAGUUAAAAAAAAAAAAAAGAACACUACUUCUGCUCUAUCUACAUGUACUGCAGAGGCUCUGUGAAUCUGUAUCAUAUGGAUAUUAUAAGUGUAAAUGCUGCUGAUUCAGUUGAUGACAAAUCUUUUGAGAUGAUGCCCUGUAAAGAACACCUGUCCUCUAAUGAUUCUACCAAUCUGACUCCUCCUCUUCCUCCCUGAGUGUCUGACCCAGAGUCCUGGCUCUUGCGGAGAGGUCGCAUCAAUUUAAGACAUUUUGGUGAAUCUGAACGGAAAUUUGAACUCUUGAAUUUUGAAGUUGCACUGUUGAAUUUGACCCAGCUGCUGCUCUGGCCGCAAGUUGGAAAGAAGUGACCAAAACUCCUCGUGUCACCUUGAAUAACAAAAAAAAAAAAAAAAAAAAACAUGUCACUGAACAUCUGAUUGUGUGCAAAAGCCUACAAUCUUAAGCUUUAAAGGGUAAACAUGUUUUUUUAAGAAAUGAUUGAAUAGGAUAGAGCUUUUUUUUUUUUUUUAAUUUUUUUUUUUUUUUUUUGGAAACCACAGUGGACAGGAGUUCUUGAAUGCCUCUUAACGUUUGGCUUUGCGGGGAGCAGGGUUUGUUUAAAUACCAACACACAGGGUGUCUCUCUUUCAGCUACAAUAAAACAUGUGCCAGAAUGUAUAAAGAAAUGACAGGCUGUGUGCUCUGAAGUACUUUGUGCUGCUUUUACCUUAUCUGUUUUCUUGUUGUUUUGCAAGUAAAUGAUGAUUUUUUUUUUCUUUUUUUCAUUUUUGUUUUUUCAUGUGUUCUCUUAUUAUUGCAUUAUUACUAUAUUUCAUCCUGGCCCAAGAUAACUGCAGGGAUAUCAGAGGCACCCUUGCUUCCAAGAAAAAAGGGGGUGUUAACAUGAUAAAGAGGAUGACUGGAGAACACAGGAAUGAUUUUAAGACUUCAGAAAGUACAGGAGUACUUGGAAUGUCUCAGUUGUGUGGGAGUAGGUGAGAGGAUUUUUGUCAGUAUUUGAAAUAAACUUUUACAUUAAUAAUA